AUGUAUAUGGACCAGAGUGCUUUUCAUUACGAUUACGAGACAUUGCGAACCACGGGUUUCAUCCUUGCUGUGGUUAUGUUCGUAACCGGGAUUCUUAUUGCUCUGACGCUUGUUCAGUGGAAGGCCCUCAGCCACCGAAGACAGAAGUUCCACCUCAGACAGUGUAAAGCAGAUGGUGCGACUGGGCGGCCCAUUUCAGCGAGAGGAAAUGCUCAGAAGCACAAAGUUACUUAUAGGAAUGUGGAGGAGAGUCGAACCUGCUGGACCUUUUUUUUGUAACCUCAGCCUAAAUGCUAAUCUAUUGCUGUAUUUUUAGGUCUCUCAGUAGCACAUGUGCUACACUAUAUCACUUUUGUGUUCAUAGACACCAUUAAUGAUGCACCUCUUAUUUUACUCAUGCAUGAAUAAUUUGCUUUAAAUGUUGUUGUUAUUAUAGGAGGCUUAGAUCUAAAAGGGCAUUCAUGGAAAUAUUUAUGGAAGCAAACAGGAAUAAUGAUUAGGAAACUAGCUGACUGAAUGAAUUACACUGGAGAGCUCAUGUUUCAUGUAAUAGAUUUCAUUCAUUUAGACAGAUGAUGAUGUUGAUAUUUUCACUCAUUUAUAUUUUAAUGAAGAGAACAUUGUUUGAAUAAAUAUAGAGUAAAUAGCUCUCCAGCAUGGAAAUAUACUCAGUCCAGUGUGUCUCCCUGUAACUUGUGCAUGCCAGGUUUCAACAAAAUGUAAGACAAUUUUCUAGUUCUUUUCUCUUGUAGUAUAUAUUUCUUUAUUUUAGAAUUGUAGGUUAUUUGAAAUACUAUUGAAUGUGUUUCACAAUUAUUUGCGUAUCAUAUUUCAGUGGAAGUUUAACUUAUUUCCAUUAACAAUUUUGACAAACCAUAAGAUAAACUUAAACGCAUAGCCUAUUUCAAAUCUUCUGUUUACAAAUUGUAAAGUCAUUUCUUGGAUCUGUGAAGUCAGACGUCAUUGCAACAGCACAUUAUUGAGGGCUUAGAAACCAGGAAAGCCUUGCCUUAAAGAACUAAUGGUGCAAUCAAACAGUGUUACAAACUAACUAGUGGUUACUAAGCCAACUUAACAUCUUAAUUUAAGUCAAGCGUUUUGAGUGGCUGGUGCAACCCUUCCUUGGAGUUACACAUGAUCUUAUAUCCAUUGUAACAGCGUGAAUAUUUGAAUACUGUAUUCCAGUAAACAAAGUACUUUCGAAAGUAAUACUUUAGUGCCCAGCUAAGUGUUACUAAAAGGCAAAUGACUUAAUUGCAACUGAAUGUAUUUAUGCCUUGUAUGAAUAAAUAAGAAACCAUCCAUAUAACUUUUAGAGAAUAAUGAA